UAAGAACUUAUAAAGUAUCAUUUUUAGAGGACUAACCUCCACGAUUAAAAACAGCUUCAGGUUUGAUUUGCAAGAUGACUAAUUUUUGAUGUCAGAAUCUACAAAUGAAUAUUUACACGUAUGUUUCGGAUUGUCACAUGUUCGCCCGGUUUGAAGUUUGAUCCCAAUUGACCGUAAUAAUUACUUUAAGUGCAGGAUGCUGCACUAUUAAAUACAUGCAAAAUAUACAUGUCACCGUCACCAGUAACACGUCUCAUUAACUUGAUCUGUGAAAAAAUUCAGUCAGUUCCAUCAAUCACAUGGUUUUAUUUGGAGUUUAUUUACAGCUUAUCAGACUGUCAGCUAAUGUAAUCUCAAAUUAUUUCUCGUAUAUAAUGCGUAUAGUUUUGCAUAUGUUACACUAUUCUACAAGUGAUGGAGGACAGCAUCUGACAAUACCACAAUUGCUUGAUAUUUACAGAAUUAUUAUUAUUAGCAGCUGAAGAAUAAAACCAAUAUUCAAAAUGAUGUUCGAAAUUCUUUGCUUUACAUUUAUAGUUGUUUUAAUUUCGUGGGUUUAUACGGACAAUUUUAAAUCGAAGCGUCCACCCGGUCCACUACGACUUCCUCUUAUCGGUACGAUAUUGCAGCUUGGGGUUGACAAAAGAAGGCCACAAUAUGAAACAUUUCGCUCAAUUUCCAAAAAAUAUGGUCCAAUAUCUUCAAUCGAGUUGGGACUCUAUCCUGGAGUAAUAUUUGAUGAUUUCGAGACAAUAAAGAAGCUCCUGAAUCAUGAGCUGUGGGUCGACCGAUUUUUCAAUUCCCUUUUUGCGGAGAGAAGUUUUGGAAAAGCUUUGGGAAUAAUUUUCAUAAGCGGGGAUACAUGGAAGGAAAUGCGUCGUUUUACAAUUCGAACCCUGCGAGACUUUGGGUAUGGAAAAAAGAGCAUGGAAAGUGUAUUGGAAGACGAGGUGAAAGACUUGGUAGCAAAAAUCGACGGUCUGUGCGAAGAAAAUGGUUCAAUUGUGGCCAUGAAGCAGGUGUUUUCGAUGCCUGUGCUUAACGUUCUUUGGCAUUUGGUUUGCAGCACAUCGUCUGAGGACGACAAGCGAUUGAAGGAACUUCUCGUCCUGGUUGACACGCUGGCGAGAGCUACACCGAUGGCCGGCGGUAUCCUAAUGCCAUUUCCCUUCCUUCGACACAUUUUCUCUGACAUGACAGGAAACUCGCAUGUCCGGAAGUGUAACAUGGAGCUGCAAGAAUAUUUUAGGGACGUGUUGCGUCGUCGUCGAGAAGAAGGAGUUUACAAGAACGACCAGAGGGACUACAUUGACGUCUUUCUCCAGGAAAUUGAUCACCACCGAGAAAAGGGGUCCACUCCAAAUUAUUACACGGACGAGCAGUUCAUAUCUACGACGAUUGAUUUAUUUGAGGCUGGAGCAGAAACGACGAAUAAUACUCUGGAGUUUGGUAUCUACUACAUGCUUCAGAACCCAGAAAUUCAAGCCAAGGUGCAGGAUGAAAUUGAUCUGGUUGUAGGAAAAAAUCGACUCCCUACUUUUGCUGAUAAGGCAGAGAUGCCAUACACGGAAGCAGUUCUAACCGAAAUUCAAAGAAUAUCUAAUGUAGUUGCAAUGACGGUAAGAUGUCCAACCGAGGACGUCUGGGUUGACGGAUAUUUCAUUGCAAAGGGGACAAUUGGAUUCAUGAAUUUAUUCAGUGUCCAUAUGGAUAAAAAUUUUUGGGGAGACCCUGAAAAAUUCCGUCCAGAAAGAUUCUUAGAUUCAGAUAAAAAGUUGAUCCCCAACAAAUUACAGCGAGUGAUUCCAUUUGGAGCAGGACGACGUGUGUGCCUUGGCGAAAUUUUGGCCCGUGCGACUUUAUUCACGUAUUUCGCCACUGUUCUCCAACACUUUACAUUUCAAAAGUGUGAUGGUGAUUCCGAUGCUCAGAAACCAGCAAUGAUCGGCUUCACUUUAACCCCGGCGCCAUAUUCAGCAAAGGUCAUAAAACGAUAAUUUAUAUAUUUACAUUCUAAUCAUAAGAAAACUUGAAAUUUGUAAAAAAAAAUAUUUGACUUUGGUGCAUAAUAAUAAACAUACGAAAUCUGUUAGUUCAUUCAUUUUA